AGUGUGAUUGUGAUUGUGUACAAACAAUGAUCUACUACUGGGUUAAGCGCAAUUUAAAGUGUAAGUGCAAGUCCAAGUGUUGAUGUAGUUUGGAGCUAUGGUUGGUUCUUCUGCUCCCCAGCAGAUCGCCUUGAUUUGCCUUCUCAUGUCCUCGACCUUCUGCAUAUCUUCCACUGUAGACCAAGGUCGAGACUACUGGUAUGAGGAGGCUGGAAGGGCUCUGCACCAGAGGUUGCGAGGAUGGGGCUCCGCCCCCUUGGCGGACCGACCUAGCGCCCGCAAUAUCGUCCUCCUGGUAGGCGACGGUCUAGGGAUGACCACCACUACGGCUUCCAGGAUAUUCAAGGGCCAACGACAUGGAAUGAGUGGUGAGGAUUCCCACCUCUCCUGGGACAAGUUUCCAGCUGUCGCUCUUACCAAAACCUACAAUUUGGACGCACAAAUUGGGGAGUCGUCCGCUUGCGCUACGGCUUUGCUGUGCGGAGUCAAAACAAACUUCGAGACAGUGGGGUUGGAUGCUCGGGGGAGAUUUGAGGACUGCUACUCAUCCCUCCACUCAAAGGUUGACAGUUUGGUCGUCUGGGCGCAACAAGAGGGUAAAUCAGCUUACUGUCUUUAUUAA